CAGUCACUGCUCGCACCCUCCGACAGUCCCACCGACAGGUUGAUGGAGAGAAGGGGAGCAGAGAGACUCAGAGGCGGGCUGAGGACACAGAAACACCGGGGAGAAGUAUUUGAACUCCUUCUGCUUCAAUCUGAGAGGAAUUAUCGGAUUUACUCUUUUUACGACGUUCGUUUAAUCAUAAUUAACACUUUACGGCCGCGUGUCCGCUUUACGCUCCGAGUCGUGUAUCCUUGGCAACGUGAACAACUGUCCUGCGAAGUUUGGAUCAAGUGUUUUUACCUCAAACCGGGAAAUUAACGGAAUACUAACCCGCCAAAUUAACGGAACUCACUCCCGGGAGCACGUGGGAGUCUGUGUGGAGAGUUUCUCCUCGUGUUUAUCUGUUUUUUAUCAGUUUAUUUCAGUUAAAACCGACUGUUUAGGGAGACGGGGCAGCGCGAGACAAUAGUGGUGUGGGAGAAAGCUCGUGCAGGAGGAGGAGGAGGGGGGGCUUUGUUCUGCAGCGCGAGCCUGCUGUGGAGACCCAGCGCGAGCCUGCUGUGGUGAUCGAUUAACCGGUGGAUCGAUGAUUAGUCGGUGAUCGAUAAGCAGCCAUGGAUGUGACUCUGUCCGAGUUGUUGGCCACCUUCAUGGAGUCUCCUCUGGUGCUGUGGGUGCGGACGUUGGGUCCUCUGGGCCCGUCUGAUGACGUGGGCUCGGAGGAGCGGGUCAACAUGUUCAUGGAGCUGGUGGACGGAGUCUUCCUGCACAAGAUCAUGACACACAUUGACCCCAGCCCGACCCAUCAGAGGCUGAACAAGAAUGUGAACAGUGACGUCUCACUGCGCCUUCACAACCUCACCGUCCUCACCAGACACAUCAGGACGUACUACCAGGAGACCUUACAGCAGCUAAUAGUCAUGCCUCUUCCAAACAUCCUGUGCAUCGCCAAGGAUCCACUAUCAGCUAAGAGCAUGGAUGAGCUGAAGAGACUGUUGUUGCUGAUACUCGGCUGUGCUGUCCAGUGUGAACGAAAAGAAGAGAUGAUCGAGAAGAUCAAACUGCUGGACAUCGAGACACAAGCUGCCAUCGUCUCACACAUUCAGGAGGUGACACACAACCAGCUGAAUGUUCUUGACCUGUCCUGGCUGGAGGAGGGAUCCGAGCUUGCACCGGAAGAGCUCACGCCUCUGUCCAAAAAUAUGGCCGUGUCGCUACAGCAGCUGAUUGACCAGAGAGACAAAGCCAGUGAGGUGAUUGUGGAUCUGACUCAAGAGAGGGACUACCUCUCCAGCCAGCAGCCCCAGGAAGGGUGCAGGAACCUGGGCAUGAGCAGCCCGGAGCGUGGGCAGAGCUCUGGAGGCGUGGGAGUGACUAACGGCGGAUCGUCUGUGUUCGGACUGACCACAGAGGAGAAGCAGCAUCUGUCUGUGGAGCUCGCUGACACCAAGGCCAAGCUCCGCAGAUACAGACAAGAGCUGGAGGAGAAAACAGAGCAGCUGAUGGAUUCAAAACAUGAGGUGGAGCGUCAGGAUCAGGAGCUGCAGAGACUGAAACAAGAGAAUCAGUCACUGUCGUGUGAGGCUCGUUCGGUCAGAGUGUAUCGGGACGAGGUGGACUCUCUGAGGGAGAGAGCGGCCCGAGUGGACCGGCUGGAGACUGAACUGACCCGGUGCAAAGAGAAACUCAACGAUGUUCAUUUCUACAAAACCAGAGUUGAGGAGCUUCGUGACGACAACAUGACUCUGAUGGAGACGAAGGUGCUUCUGGAGGAGCAGCUAUCGUCCUCCAGAGGGCGCUGUGAUAAAUUGCACACACUGGAGAAAGACAACCUGUUACUACGAGCUAAAAUACACGACCUGGAGAUGGAGAGAGACAACGAGCGCAGACGGUUGGAGGAGCUGGUGGAGGAGAACAUGCUGCUGGAGAUCGGUCAGAAGCAGAGCAUGAAUGAAUCGGCUCACCUUGGCUGGGAGCUGGAGCAGCUGUCCAAGAACCAUGACAACACUAACACAGAGACUCGUAAGUCGCUAGUCCACGAGCUGAACGAGUGCGUUUCCAGUCGGGUGUUGAAGCUGGAGAAGGAGAACCGGGAGCUUCAGGCCUCGAUCGAGAGACUGAAAGAGGACAACCACCAACUGGAGGAGAAGCAGCUCCACACGCAGGAGCUGGACCGAGAGAACCAGAGCCUGGGCAAGAAGCUGGAGCGUCUCCAGGGAUUAUUGGACCAGGAGAGACUCACCAAUCAGGACAUGGAAUCUCUGGGAGAGGAAAUCUUGAAGGAGAAACAGAUGCUGGAGAGAGGAAUGCACACGCUGAGGACAGAGAAAGACAGACAGAUCUCAGAGCUGGAGAGCGAGAGGCAGCACCUCUCUGAUGCGGUGGCCUCCCUUCAAGAGCGAGCGCAGUCCAACAAUGAGGCGAGGGUUCGAGAGGUGGAGACGGAGAACCGCCUCCUGCACCAGAACAUCACCGACACCAGCUCCCGGUUGGCCAGCUUGGAAACGCAACUCAAACUAGCCAAUGAGGAGUCGAAGAGGCUGAGGGAGAGAGCGGGGCGGUGCGAGGAGGUGGAGAGGGAGGCGGCACGGCUGGAGAGGAGCAGGGACGCUCUGAGCAGAGAGGUGACCUCCCUGCGUGCAUGCAGCGAGCGGUCUGAGACUUUAGAGAAGCAGGUGUCCUCCAUGGAGCAGGAGGUGCACAAACUGAAGAGGGAAGCAGAGGAUAACCAGAAGGAGCUGCAGCGACUGGGAAGACAGGAAGCAGAGAACGGCCUGAUUUCAAAGGAGAACCUGGACCUCCGCUGCUCCCUGGAAAACCUGCGUUCCUCCACCGCCCGCCUGGCCACCUUACAGGAGGAGCACAAAGAGUCCCAGAGAGAGAACCAGGAGCUGCAGAGGAGGCUGGAGGAGGUCAAAGAGGAGGCACAAGGAGAGAAGAAGAAGGCAGAGAGGCUGGAGGUGAACGUGGCAGCUCUGAACCAGGAGAAGCAUCGCUUAGAGGAGGAAGUACAGAGUAGCAAAGAAGAGAGGGAGGAGGUAGAUAGAGAGAGGCAGGAGACGCAGGCCAGAGAGGAGGAAGUUAGAAGGGAAGUGGAAGAACUGAAGGAAGAGCGGAGGAGGAGGGAGGAAGGUGACCAGGAGAGGAGGAAGAUUCAGCAGGACCUGGAGCAGGCAGAGAAGGGCAGGAAGCACCUGGAGAAGGAGAGCUGGAAGAUCAGGACGCUGCUGGAGAGCAAAGAGACGGAGCUGGAGGAGAAAACCCGGCGACUGGCGACGGUGCGGAAGGAGGGCACAGCAUUGAGUAAGGAAGUGGAGAGGCUGAAGGAGGUGGCAAUGAAAGGAAAGGACAUUGAGAAGGAGAACAAGGAGCUGCAGAAACAGGCGACUAUUGACAAGAGGACGCUGGCUACUCUGAGAGAGGAGCUGGUGUCAGAGAAGCUCAGCGUUCAGCAGCAGAGCGUCGAGUUAGAGAGACUCAACGAAGAACUGGAGAAGAUCGGACUGAACAGGGAGAAGCUGCUGCAGCAGGAGCACACGCUGGAGGACAGCAGGUACAGGCUGCUGGAGUCUCGGCUGGAGGAAACUGUCCAACAGACGAUGAAGAUCAAAGAGGAGAAAAUCUCCUAUCUGGAAAAGAAAGUGGAGGAGAGCAGCGCGUUCAAUGCAACACUACAGGCCGAACUCACCACUGCUCGUCAGACAGUUUGUGCUCUGCGUCAGGGAGAUGAAGAAAACCACAACUCCCAGCAGCGCUCAGGAGGUGACAGGGGUCAUGGGUCAGCCACUGCUGAGCUACUACGGAUAAAAGAUCAUCUCAUCGAUGUAGAGAAGAACAAUUCCUCCCUGCAGACAGAAAGCAGUUUAUUGAAGGAUCAGCUCAAACAGCUGGAGAACCAGAACACCUCUCAGAACAACCAGAUGGGGGCGCUGCAACGUCACAUCAGCACCCUGCAGGAGCAGAAUUCAUCCUUACACACUCAGACUGCAAAACUACAAGUGGAGAACUCCACGCUCUCCUCCCAGAGUGCGUCUCUCAUGGCGCAGAACGCCGUGCUGCAGGGCCAAGUCACCGCUCUGGAGACGGAAGUGGAGACUUGGCAAAGACAGCGCGAAGAGGCGUGGCGAGCCAGAGAGGGCGUGCUCAGCGACCACGAACGCCUGCUGAACGUUCAUGAGAGGCAGGCGCACGAGUACGAGCAGCUGAUCAGUCAGCACACCACGCUGAAAGGGAAACAGAGGGCACUCGAGAACGAUCACAGGACGCUGCACGGAAAAUACUGUAUGAUGCUGCAACAGAAAGACAAAUGGGAGGAGCAGGAGGGGCGUGGACAGAAAGAGAAGGAGGAACUGAGCCAGGAGAUCCAGAAGAAUCGGCUGCUACAGCAAGAGAAUCUGCAGCUGAGGACAGACGUUGACAGACUGACAGGAAGCCAAUCCCAGCAGUCGGAGCAGUGCGAGGGUCUGCAGCAGCGCAUGAACGAACUCAAGAUCUCUUUAAGCUCCUCCCAGCAGGAAGCGAGCCAAUGGAUGGCACGAUACGAUUCGCUGAAUGAGCAACACCAAGGCCUGGAUCUGACCAUGGUCAAACUGGACAACCACUGCGAGCUGUUGAGUCGACUGAAAGGGAACCUAGAGGAGGAGAACCACCACCUCCUGAGUCAGAUCAAUCUGCUGAGUCAGCAGAACCACAGUCUGCUGGAGAGGAGCAUGGAGAGCAAAGAGCUGUUUCACCAGGAGCAGAAACAUUACAUAGAUAAGCUGAAUGCUCUUCGUCGUCAGAAGGAGAAACUGGAGGAGAAGAUCAUGGACCAGUACAAGUUCUACGACCCCACACCUAAAAAGAGGAGUCAGUGGUCCGGAGCCAAAGCUUUAGCCAAACUGAUCAAACCCCGAAAGGAGAGCAGCAGGGAGCGAGGCGGCAGCGACCGGGACAAGGACGGAGCCAAAGACAGAGAGCGAGCAAAGAGUGCCCCGGACAUCCCUCUACCUGCCCCGCCUCCCCUCCUCCCCCCUGAAACCCCGCCGCCGCUCCCUAAACGGACAGCCAGCGACUCCCAGGACAGCAGCCACACCUACAGUAACCUUAACAACCACGUCACCAGCCCCAGCCUGGGACCGCAGAGUCCAGCUCUGACGCCCAUCAGCCGAGGUUUGACAGACAGGAGCCGCGGUGUUUUCCGCAGCAGCACUCCAGGAGGAAGCAACGAGAGCAUCAACGGAGACGACGGGCACGGACCAGGUCGUAAAGCUUUAAGCUCCACCCCGAGCCACCAGUCAUCCUCUCUAGGUCUAAACAACAACUCCGGCUCCAGACUGGGACCAGCUCCGGGCCAAAGACCGCGAGGUCUAUUUGAUGAAGAAUCUCGCCAAAACGACUCCACGUUCAGUCACCACGGCACCGCAGGAGGUCGCCCUGGGUCUGCAGACUUCAGCCGCAACACCUCAAGCUCCAACUCACCUGUGAACUGCAGAGAUACAUCGGAUCGUCAACCGCGCUCAGCCAGCCUAUCUAGUGAUGAUGUCAUGGGCCUCAGCCAAUCACAGCAGACUCUGUCACGUAGCUCCACCCUUCCUUACGACCACCUACCCCAAAGGGCCCAACCGCAGCGAGGAGCCGGGGUCAGGAUGAAGCACCGCUCCUCUUCGCCUGGGAGUGAGAUGGUGACGCUGGAGCAGUUUCUACAAGAGAGCAACGUUAAGUCUCCUCCGAUGGUGUCGACAGGAAGCAGGGAGGACUUGGUGACCGACUAUUUCACCAGAAGCCCCGCCCCCUCCGUACCAGCCGGCAGAGAUCAGGUGACUCCCACAAACUAUGUCACGCCCACUGUGCAGUCGUCCAAUCAGAGACCGGGCCAGAGUGUCAAACCCUCCCCUCGGACGCCUGUGGGCCAAUCACCUGCUUCGGGUUCAGCUGUCACUCAGAGAACCGGCCAAUCCCUGAGCAGAGCGUACAGCUUAGCCACGGCUGACUUGCUGCGCUCCAACGGACCAGACAGCUUCCGUGGAAAUGACAUCCAAACAGAUGGUGUCGUCAGAAGACAAGGGGGAGGAGCCGGUGGGAGGGAGCGGCCUCUGUCAGCUCGUCUUGCUGGUCCGACCAAUCAGCACGCAGACGGGAGCUUCCUGAACCCGCCGAUUCACCACUCAUCCUCGCUUAACCUUCAAACAGAGCGGCACGCCGAGAGAGAGCGAGGGCGGGCUCGAGUCCCCGGUAACAGCUCCCACCAUCACAGAGGAGAGGUCGCCAUGGUGAGCCCCGUCAGAGCCGUGCCCGCCACACGACCUGAGAGCGCCUGCGAGCACACGGAGGGGCGGGGAGGUGACUCCGCCCACCUGAAGAAGGAUGGUGAAAAAGCGAGGUGCGGCUCUGCUGAACGCGCAAAAAGCACGCCGUCUUCCCCUGACCCCAACAACGACGACCCGCAGACGGUGUGGUAUGAGUACGGCUGUGUCUAAACACUGGAGUUAAAGCUGCGGCUACGUCUAAAUACUGGAAAUGAAUGCUGCUGUCAGCUGGAGGUGAACACUGGAGCUUUGUUUUGCAGAAGUCUGUGGUUACAACCGGGAGUCUGUCUAAAUCCUGGGAGACGAAGCCACAUUCAAAAACAUCUCAGCACAUCUGUUUGUGUUUCUUGGAGCAAACUUCUCUAGAUGAACAAACAAACUUAACUCCAUGUUCCACCUGCCUUCACAGCGGAUUAAAACUGCUCCUCAGCUGCUUUAGCUCACAUGUUUCUGACGCUAAAGAGCUGCUGAGGGAUUUCCUCCACAAACAAACAAUUACUCUGCAGCCUUUAGGAUCUGUGGAGUCCAGUCAGCCGCAUUUCUCACCACAAACCCAACAUGCAACCUGUGCAACUCAACACUAAAGACGAUCCCUGAGGAUGCUGGAAUCCGUUCACCAUGCUAAUUUAUUCACACCGACGUGAUCCAGUAACUAGCCUGUCCAAAAAUGAGAGUUGAGAGCGGUGUUACAGGAAGUUUGGAUGUUAACAUCCUCUUUUAGAAACAUCUGACUUCUGGGAAUCCAAAACAGCCGACAGCUCUCCGUGCAGACUCGUGACAGGAAUACUAAAGACGGGCUAAGUCUAUGAGCUGGAACUCUUUGACUGCCUACUGACGCACAGUCUGACCCCGUUAAUGUUUCCCGGAUGCCACCAAUUCUGUGGAAAUGCACACCAGGAAUUAACCCUCACCGAGAGGGGUGAUUGAACUAAAGUGAAGACGAUUAGAAGCACCAGAGCGACUGAAUGUAUCCGAUUUCUUCUCCUCCUCCUCCUCCUCCUCCUCCUCCUCCUCCUCCUCCUCGUCUUCGUCUGUAAUUGAAAACAAACACUGGGAAAGACAAAAGAGGAGGAAAUUAAAUAAAGCGUGGAGAGGUGAAGCAUUUUGAGGAGAGUGGGAAUGAAAAGACGGAUUUAGUGACGGAGAGAUAAACAGGACUCCUCCCUGUCAAAUUACAGUCUUUCUCCCUCCAUCUUUAGAUUCUGUCCCAGCAUGCAACACUCUGACACUUUACUGGAAAUGUUGCCUGUCCAGAGCCAACACUAGUACACACACACACACACACACACGUAUGUAAUGAUACACACACACACAGAGGCAUUGUCCUUGAGAGGGUUGGUUAUGGCUUUCAUUCGCACACACACACACACACACGCACCGCCGGGUGACCACUGUGUUUGGGGAAGAGUUCUGCUGCACGCUAAGUUAGACACACAGAUGUAACGUCCCACAACGGAGAGAAAAAGAAGAUGAGAGAGAGAGAGAGAGAGAGAGAGAGAGAGGCUAAAUCAGACCCCCGGUGAAGCGAUUUAUGAAUGAGCUGAAGUUUCAGUCGCUGCUCCUGAAGGUGAACAGACCCCGAUAUGCAAAAACAAAUUCAUCCAGGUGUCUCCAGUUUGUCUGCAGCCCCUCUUUGGAGAUCAGUCCUCUGAUGCAUGAAACCUGCUUUAACACAUCAUUUAGAAACACAGACACUGAAGACGAAUACUCAACUACUCAGAGAUGUUUCGUGCUUCAAGUGUCGCCUCCAAACUUCCUGUGCUUUUAGAAAGUACCUAACUUUAAGUUGGGUCUUUGUAAGGGUAAAAAUCCCUUUACUGAAUUCCUCCGAAUCAGGCUGCUCAAUCAUUAGAAAGGUCAUCGUUACGUUCGCAAUAAACACAUCGAGAGGGUCUGAGCUUGUUGCAUGACUCUGCGUGGUUACAGGACACAGUGUGGAUGAAGGUUUGCAUGUUUUGACUCCACUUCUUUGGAGCCAAUUUAGAGGUGGGGGGGAAAAAAGGACUACAAGAACAACACAGACACACAGACUGUAUUUUUAAUUGUUAAUGCAACCUUCAACAAAGUUUCUGCACAUUUCACAACACAGCAUAUUUCAUAUUUUCUCUCACAUGCACAGGCCGACCUCCAAAGUGUCUGGUCCCUGAACUCACAACAGCAAAAAAAAUGUAGCCAUGAAAGCUUCUUUUUGUGUCUGAUUCCCCUGCAAUGAUUAGUUUUGCAAAGAAGGCAUCACAGUGAUAAUCAAGAAAUACUCUGCAGCACAUUUUUAGAAUUCUCAGAGUAAAACUUUAGACUCUCUUUAAAAGUUGUGUCCUGCAGCAAUAGCAUGAAAUUAAUAAAGGCAAAUCAUGAGUAAAAGAGGGAAAUCCAUCAUCGCACUUGAUUGAGACACAGGUAUGAGCCACUCGCCCACUUUUUGAAGCCUUAAGUUCGUCAUUUUGGCCGUCACUGUCGAGAUGAAAAGUUGCUCUAAAACUUCCUCAGUGAUCUACAUCAUAAAAAUAUAACUCUAAUGAGAACACGAUUAAAAGACUUGAGACUAAAGAGUUUAUACAUUUAUAAACCCUUCAAGAAUUCAAUCAGACGAGUGUUUGCUCAGGAGAGUCGCCCCCUGCUGGCUCGUAGAAAGACUGAGGAUUUUAGUCCUUCAGGUGCAGACGGAGUCCUGGAGGCACGUGGAUGAUUUUGCGAUUUUUAAAAGAAAGGUGAUGAUUAUUGUUUUAAUUGACUCUCAUACUUUAAACACUCGAUGACGAUGAUUGAGAGGAGGUAAAGAAACACUGGAGUUGUGAAAAUGAAGACUAAUUCGACUGGAAUCCUUCGCGCAGCUUUCAAGCGGCGAGCGCGUGUCGAUAUGCAAAGAGCUAAAUUAUUCUGUAACAUUUGUACAUGUUAGAUUUUAUAAACUGGAGGAAUAUCAGAAGGACGCUUUUUGUACAAAUUUUCUUGAACAUUUCAUGUUAAUACCAAAAAGAAAAACCCGAUCCAGAUCAUUUCAUAAAGACUUUGUGAUUCCACUGUAAAAAAAAGAAGGUGUUGAUUUUUUUUUAAUGCUGUUUAACGUUUUCAUGUUAGAGGUGAAGUGAAACACUGGAUGAGCUGCAGCCCGUCUCAUGCUGCUUUCUACCGUCUGCACUUCUGAGUUAUUACACUCAAAGCCCUUCAGGUUGUUCCCUCGUAUGUGUGUGUGUGUGUGUGUGUGUGUGUGUGUGUGUGUGUGUGUGUGGGUGUGUGGGUGUGGGUGUGGGUGUGGGUGUGUGUGUGGGUGUGUGUCGCAGCACUCUGCUUCAGUUUGCUGAUGUCAAAAGAAAAGAAAAAUUGGAUUCCAAGUAACAUUUUUUUCUGUUAUUGCGGUGACACCCUCACACACUCUCUGCGUGUGUGUGUCAAAACACUUAUUGCCUUUCUGGGAAGCGUGUGUGUGUGUGUGUGUGUUUCUCAUCAUCUCCUUCCUAUCACACCAGAUGAAGGUGUGUCACUCCAUCACCUCUCCUGCUUACAUUAAAGGGUAAUUCUGGUGUUUCUUAACCUAGGUGCUACUUUUACAUAACGUGUGUUUGCUCCUGUAGACCACGUCAGCUGGCAGCAGUUUCCAAACAGCCGUAUGACUAAGAGUCCGGUCAAAGUUUGUCCUCUGGAAGUUCUUGUUUUUUGCCACAGACAGUCUCUGAUUUUCACUCUAAGUGUCUGACAUAAUUACAGAAACGAUCCCUGUGAAUCAACUCUAAUUUAAUAUGAUUAUUAAAUCAUAAAAAGCUUUCAAACAAAUCAGACUCAAUUAAGAAGAGCAGAUACUUCACCUCCCUGAGUGCACAUAAAUAUGAACGGCGUGCAUCCAUCUACUCCCAUUGUAUAAAAGUGAAGCCAAAACACCACCUUGAUCAGUGCAUGCAUGGAAGCGGUGUAGUUCGAAAACCUCGCUGCUCCCUCAGGUGGACUCAGUCCACAAUUUUUUCUCCACUCUUCUAAUCCAGUAUAAAGGCGCCUCAUUGGUCGACUGAGCUGUCAAUCAUGACAUCACACCUUUUUUUAAGUCACACUGAUUUAAAAUAUUUAACACUCAAAGUGUGAAAGUAGGACCCAGGUUUAUAAACAAAUACCAGAAUGAUCCCUCAACUCUUCUUCUAAACUUCUCUCCUUCCUCUGUCGAACACCUGAUGACGGUAAAAAAGUUGCAGACGGCUUCACACGUGGAAGUGAAAGCAGAUGUGACGUCUGUGAUGUUUCACUGCGCUGACUGGAAUAACUGCUGCUGGAGUUUCACUCUGCGACCGCUCUGCUGUGAUGAGACGUCCGUACAGACUUCUGGUUUGAGAGCUUGUAGUGUGAUUCAGUAGAGACUGAGGUUGAUGUCAUUGGACCUUUAAAGCUUUUGAUAAUAAAGAUUUAUAAAGUCUAA